AUGCCACAAAAGCUCCUGCUCACGCUCCUCGUCGCCUCCAGAAAACUGCACCACUAUUUCCAGGGCCACCCCGUCAAGCACAUACCACGUGGCAUGAACAAGGAGGCGGACGACAUUGCCAAGAGGGUGUCCCGGCGCGAGCCCCAGAAUCCUGGCAUCUUCGAGGAACAACUCUUCAAGCCAUCAGCGGCUCCCCCCACCGCAGGACCAGCACCGCUUUGGGAGGAGCCGCCCAUGGCACCACCCACGGGCGCCCCAGCCUGCAGCCCGACCUCAGGGGCCCGCCUGCUCCUCGCUCUUGAACAUCAGGAGGGAUGUUGGACCGAGGAGUUCAAGGCGUACCUGCUCCAAGGCACCAGAGAAGGAGGAAGACGCAGACAUGUGGUCGGCCAGGCCACCACGUACUGCAUCCAGGACAGCGAGCUCUACCGAAGGCGCCCAAAUGAUGUUUCUCUGCGAUGCGUCUCCAAGGAGCAGGGGUGCGAGCUGCUGGCCGACAUCCAUAGAGGGGACUGCAUGCAUCACUCCUCAUCGCGCCCCCUCGUGGGCAAGGCGUUCCGCAGCGGGUUCUACUGGCCCAUGACGCUCAAUGACGCCACUGAGCUGGUGAGAUCCUGCGAGGCAUGCUAG